AAUUAUAACUCUAUAACUAAAUAACUAAUUAAUUAAUUAUCACCAAUAAAUACCUAGAUAAUAAUACAUACUUGCAUGGAUUCUGCCGCAUGUUCUCCUCCGCCUUUUGGCUAAUUGCGGGGACUCGAUGAAGCUCGGGCCAAUCUGGGGCGGAAGAAUCCCUGGUUCUCGCCUUUCGAAUAUUACGCUGACCGCCCGCGGAAACCACACAUAACUCCCCGUAUCGUCACGUAUCACCUAUACCUACUUACAUACGCCGACCUCACUGAUGAUACAGACAUACGAUAAUAAAUAACUAACUAAUAAGAUAGUUGGUAAAGAAGAAUGACCCCCAUCCACCUCUCACCAUGACGCCUCUUUCAAUCCUAUAUCUCUUCCUCUCCCUCGUCACCGCCGUCCUAGCAUCAUCUCCUUCUACCAACCUCCCCUCAGAGAUCUUCUACUGGCCCAUCACCGCUGCGCAACCUGCUCGCCUCGCUCGUCUCGCAUACGACCCAUCAACGCUCAAAUCCACCCUCCUCGACUAUACUCCUCCCGCAGCCGAACAAGACAAGGACAACAAGCAAAAUGACUUGAUCCGCAUCGGUUUCUUUACCUCAACCCCGACAAACCCGAAGCAAUGGGUCGGUAGUCUCGUGUCUCGAUCUGCUCUCGUCAGCGCCGACGAGAAACCCGUCUUCCGGCUUCUGGUCGACUCUCAGAAUAAUGACUCCUAUCAUGUCUCUAUGUCUUCGUCCAAAUCCACUCUAUCUCCCAAGAACAAGGACACCAACGCUGCUGAUCCGGUUGAGAUCUUCCGCUCUGAGAUCCUGCCUCGUCCUGCACUGAAUAGGCCUGUGGUUGUGAGUCCGGAUGGAAAGGGUCCGGAGGAAGUGGUUGAGAAGACUUUGUUUCAGAAGUACUGGUGGGUUUUGCUCAUCAUCACCUUCCUCGCUAUGACGGGAAGUGCAGAGCCGGAGAAUAAGUAAUUGGUUCUGGUUUUCUUACAUCCCUCCCGUGGUAUAGUGGGUUUGUUUUAUGGUGUUUUGAAUCAUGUAGAAAUAAAGAAUUCUUGCAAUAAUUAUUUUCUUUUCUUUUUUCUUUCUUUUUGAUAGAUAGGGAGGUUAACCUAUAUCUGUAAUGGGGACUGGAUAGUCCUUUUUCGAUUUCGGAUCAGAUUAUGAGGGAUGGUCCUUACUUAGUUAUGGUAUGGGCAACUGUAUAAGUAUAACUAACUAACCAUGGGAUAAGUAAGUAACUAUGGGCGGAACCCCAAAUCCACUACAGUAUGAUGGGUUGGUUUAUAUUGUCAAGUCAAGUCAAUCUCAC